AUGAGGAUUGAGGAGCCAUACUCCCGACCCACCCCACCUCCACCACCUCCCCACCGCACGAUUGCAACAACCGCCGACCCCGAACCCAUCCAAAAAAAACCCGGCGCCGACACCCUGCCCUCCACCAGCCUCCCGCUCACCUCGGCCCCCACCCUCACCCCCUCAUCCUCCCAAAACAGCUCCGAAGAAUGGCUCCUCCUCCGCUGGUUCAGAUGCGGCGUGGGGUUCUACAACAAGGAGGAUUUCACGAAAGCUAUUGAAUGUUUUGAGAAGAGCGUUGCUUUGGAUCCCCUUAAUGUGGGUUCCGCGGAAGUGGUGGGGAUGCAGGAUGCAUCUGCCCCUUACAACGCCUUCCAAAUAUUGGCCCGCGCAUGUAUAGCCGUAAAUCGCAAAGACGACGCAGUAGCAGCUCUUAAGCAGUCCGUGAUGCUGGAUAACCCUUCCGACUGGCAAUUGUUGAUUGAACUUACGUCGAAUAAGGAGUGA